AGAAAUUGAGAAGGGAUAAGUGGAAGGAGAAAAUGUUGGGCUGGUGCCAAGCGAUAGCUCGUAACCCUCACAGACUUCCAAACAGCACAAGAACGCCCGAGGUCUCAGGUGAUCCUUCACAUAACUCUGCUUUGAAUGACAAAUCCCCAGGGCGCUCCACAAGUAGAUCAAGUAACAUUUCAAAGGCAAGCAGUCCUACAACAGGAACAGCUCCCAGGAGUCAGUCACGACUGUCUGUCUGCCCUUCCACUCAGGACAUUUGUAGGAUCUGCCACUGCGAGGGCGACGACGAGAGCCCGCUGAUCACGCCGUGCCGCUGCACGGGCACGCUGCGCUUCGUGCACCAGGCCUGCCUGCACCAGUGGAUCAAGAGCUCGGACACGCGCUGCUGCGAGCUCUGCAAGUACGACUUCAUCAUGGAGACCAAGCUGAAGCCGCUGCGGAAGUGGGAGAAACUACAGAUGACAACAAGUGAGAGGAGGAAAAUAGUCUGUUCCGUCACAUUCCAUGUAAUCGCUAUUACCUGUGUCGUCUGGUCCCUGUACGUCUUAAUCGACAGAACRGCAGAGGAAAUUAAACAAGGCAAUGACAAUGGUGUCCUGGAGUGGCCGUUCUGGACGAAGCUCGUGGUGGUGGCCAUCGGCUUCACGGGCGGCCUCGUCUUCAUGUACGUGCAGUGCAAGGUCUACGUGCAGCUGUGGCGCCGCCUCAAGGCCUACAACCGCGUCAUCUUCGUGCAGAACUGCCCGGACACUGCCAAGAAGCUGGAGGAGAAGCCGCCCGCGGGCCCCGCCGCCAAGGAGGCCGCGGCACCGGCGCCGCCGGGGACCACCGCGCCGCCCGAGGUGACGCCCGGGGUGCUGCCCGUGUGA